AUGUCCAAGCCCACCGACCACAUCAAGCGGCCGAUGAACGCCUUCAUGGUGUGGUCCCGGGGCCAGCGGCGGAAGAUGGCCCAGGAGAACCCCAAGAUGCACAACUCGGAGAUCAGCAAGAGGCUGGGGGCCGAGUGGAAGCUGCUCUCCGAAGCGGAGAAGCGCCCCUACAUCGACGAGGCCAAGAGGCUGCGGGCCCAGCACAUGAAAGAGCAUCCCGACUACAAGUACCGGCCCCGGCGCAAGCCCAAGAACCUGCUGAAGAAGGACAGGUACGUCUUCCCUUUGCCUUACCUGGGAGACGCCGACCCCCUCAAGGCGGCCGGCCUGCCCGUGGCCGCCACGGACUCUCUCCUGGCCUCUCCCGAGAAGGCCAGGGCCUUUCUGCCCCCGGCCUCGGCGCCCUACUCCCUGCUGGACCCCGGCCAGUUUAGCUCCGGCGCCAUCCAGAAGAUGGGCGAGGUGCCCCACGCCCUGGCCACCGGCACGCUGCCCUACGCGUCCACCCUGGGCUACCAGAACGGGGCCUUCGGCAGCCUGGGCUGCCCCAGCCAACACACCCACACCCACCCUUCCCCCACCAACCCGGGCUACGUGGUGCCUUGUAACUGUACGGCCUGGUCGGCGUCCACCUUGCAGCCCCCCGUCGCCUACAUCCUCUUCCCGGGAAUGACCAAGACCGGCAUAGACCCCUACUCUUCAGCCCACGCCACGGCCAUGUAA